CACCCAUGAAAAAUCCUGCAGGCUUUUACGGGCUGGAUGAAUCUGACCUCGACAAGGUUUUCCACUUGCCCACAACCACUUUCAUCGGUGGAAACGAAUCAGCUCUUCCGCUCCGGGAAAUCAUCCGUCGGCUGGAGAUGGCGUACUGCCAGCACAUCGGCGUAGAGUUCAUGUUUAUCAACGACCUGGAGCAGUGCCAGUGGAUCCGGCAGAAGUUCGAGACGCCGGGCAUCAUGCAGUUCACCAACGAAGAGAAACGCACGCUGCUGGCCAGGCUGGUCCGCUCUACCAGGUUUGAGGAGUUCCUCCAUCGGAAAUGGUCUUCGGAGAAGCGUUUCGGUCUGGAGGGCUGCGAAGUGCUGAUCCCAGCCUUAAAGACCAUUAUUGAUAAGUCGAGUGAGAAGGGAGUGGAUUACGUGAUCAUGGGGAUGCCCCACAGGGGACGCCUGAAUGUCCUCGCCAACGUGAUCAGGAAAGAGCUGGAGCAGAUCUUCUGCCAGUUUGACUCCAAGCUGGAGGCUGCUGAUGAGGGCUCCGGUGACGUGAAGUACCACCUGGGAAUGUACCACCGUCGGAUUAACCGCGUCACUGACAGGAACAUCACCCUUUCCUUGGUGGCAAAUCCUUCUCACUUGGAGGCAGCUGAUCCCGUUGUGCAAGGCAAGACGAAAGCAGAGCAGUUUUACUGCGGAGACACGGAAGGGAAGAAGGUGAUGUCCAUCCUGCUGCACGGAGAUGCUGCUUUCGCUGGGCAGGGCAUCGUGUACGAGACGUUCCACCUGAGCGACCUGCCCUCCUACACCACCCACGGCACCGUCCACGUCGUGGUGAACAACCAGAUUGGCUUCACCACGGACCCCCGGAUGGCCCGCUCCUCCCCGUACCCGACCGACGUCGCUCGCGUGGUGAACGCUCCCAUUUUCCACGUCAAUGCGGACGACCCGGAGGCUGUUGUCUACGUUUGCAACGUGGCGGCAGAGUGGCGAAGCACCUUCCAUAAGGACGUGGUGGUGGAUUUGGUUUGUUACAGGCGCAACGGUCACAACGAGAUGGACGAGCCCAUGUUCACGCAGCCUCUGAUGUACAAACAGAUCCGCAAACAGAAGCCAGUGCUGCAGAAAUACGCGGAGCUGCUGAUUUCCCAGGGGGUGGUAAAUCAGCCGGAGUAUGAGGAGGAAAUCGCCAAGUACGAUAAGAUCUGCGAGGAGGCCCAUGCGAGAUCCAAAGAUGAAAAGAUCUUGCACAUCAAGCACUGGCUGGACUCGCCCUGGCCCGGUUUCUUCACUCUGGACGGCCAACCCCGGAGCAUGACCUGCCCUUCCACCGGCCUGAAUGAAGAGGACUUGACACACAUUGGUCAAGUGGCCAGCUCAGUGCCAGUGGAGGAUUUCACUAUCCAUGGGGGUUUGAGCCGUAUUCUGAAAACCCGGGGGGAGAUGGUGAAGAACCGGACGGUGGACUGGGCCCUGGCAGAGUACAUGGCAUUCGGCUCCCUGCUCAAAGAGGGCAUCCACAUCCGCCUGAGCGGCCAGGACGUGGAGAGGGGGACGUUCAGCCAUCGUCACCACGUCCUGCAUGACCAGAAUGUGGACAAGAGGACCUGCAUUCCCAUGAACCACCUCUGGCCCAACCAGGCUCCUUACACCGUCUGCAACAGCUCCCUGUCGGAGUACGGCGUCCUGGGAUUCGAGCUGGGCUUCGCCAUGGCCAGCCCCAACGCCCUGGUGCUUUGGGAAGCCCAGUUCGGGGACUUCCACAACACCGCUCAGUGCAUCAUCGACCAGUUCAUCUGUCCCGGGCAGGCCAAGUGGGUCAGGCAGAACGGCAUCGUCCUGCUGCUUCCCCACGGCAUGGAGGGCAUGGUAAGGGACCCCCGCACUCGCGG